CAAAACAAUGCAGCUACUCUGACAUCAGCAAACCGUGACCUUCUUUCACUGGCUCUGGAGGGAUUUCCGAGGCUCCUUGGGUUUGCAGAGGAGAGCUUCUUGUCACCUCGCUUCCGUCUUUGACCAUCCCCCACCGGCGUCGUCAGCUGGCAUUCACAUAUCGCCACCUAGAAAUCCAGUUGAGCUGCAGCUCAACCACGCGUCACAAUGGAUACCUCAAUGGAUAUUGACAUGGACCUUGACCUGGGGCCGGAGCCGGAGCCAAUUGAACUUGACAUUGCCUCCACUCCGUUGAACAAUGGCACGCAGCUCGAGGACCCGAAUAUCCUCACAGGCAAUGAAGAACCUCAAUUCGAAAAAGUGCAUAUUCGCGGCGUCGAUGAAUUGACGACGGAGGACAUCAAGUGUUUCGCGGCGGAACACUUUCAGGGCGAAGAAUUAUCGCGAAUUGAAUGGAUCGAUGAUACAUCGGCGAAUAUCGUAUAUAGCUCGACGGAAAUGGGACUGCAGGCUCUGGCUGCAUUUACACAGCAAUCUGUGGAGGAAGUUGAUUCGGCGCUGCCGUCAUUACGUCUGCGUACGGCGAAAGCGUUGUCUACGCACCCUGACUCGGUACUGCAGGUGCGAUCGGCGGUGAAGACGGAUCGCAAGAAGCAUCGCGCGCAUGAGGCGAGUCGGUUUUACCUUAUGCAUCCUGAGCAUGACCCACGAGAGAGGGUGAGGCGAGAGUUUGCCGAGAGACGGCGUCGAGGGCGACGAGAUGAGAGUACGGGAGACUAUAACAGACGCCGGUUUGACGAGAAGGAGAAUAGGCGCCGCAAGGGCCUCGCGAGCGAGGAGAAGUUUGAUGAAUCGAUGUAUGAUGAUAGUCGCGAGCCAGAUCACGAUGAAACCCGAGGCAGACGCAAGGCCGAUGAUUUGUUCCCCGAUCAUUUAGAUAAGUCAACAGGACGGUUACGGGAUCGAAGUGCAUCCCCAUCCCGUGCAGAUGUUGGUAACGGUGUUAGACCUGGUGACGACUCCCGGGACUCCGGAAGAAGAUUUCGGGACCGUUCCCCCCGGCACGGAAGGGAUAGAAACGGAUAUACCCGUCUCAAUGCCGGAAAGGAACUAUUUGGCUCCGCCAACGCUUCUAGUGACGAGAAUUCGGGUCGCAGAGAGCUGUUUCCGAAUAAAACUGCGGCCAGCUACCUUAAGAAAGAGUUAUUUCCGAAUAAGACCUCCAUCAGCAACCAUCGCCGUUCUGAUGCCUUCGACGCUGCAGAUGAGACGGCCGAUUUAUUUGCCAAACGUAUUUCUAUCCCAUUGGUUGACGGAGCCCACGACAACGGCCGCGAAGCCGAUAACCGAAUCAAAGAUAAUAGCACCGUGGAACUCUUCCCUGAGGGCGUACCCCAAACAGGUCGUGGGCUUAGGAUUCGCGGUACAUCUGACGAUCCAGGCUUCUCCAUCCGCGGAAGUGCAGCAAGUUUGAAUAAUACAAUAUCAAUCAAGGGCACAGCCUCGGUCAGGGAGCUAUUCCCGUCGAGAUACACCGGAAACGAAGGGAAAGAACUGUUUUCUGAUAAACUUGACGGUAGAGGUGGGAAACGGAGAAGGGCGGAGGAUAUGUUCUACUGAAAUUAACAGAAAGCGUUUCUCCUGGAUUUUAGGUGGCUUGCUUCUCCAAUAAUAUUUCGUGGGUUUGGUAAAAUUGCAAUACAUCUGGCGCUGGUUUGGGAUUGAUGGAGCAAGGAAAGAUAUGAUUCAAAUAUUCUUACG